UUCUUUUUCCCUUAAAUACAGAGAAAGAUUUUGCUUUAUUUAUUCAACGAUCUCUCUCUCUCUCCAGUGUAAAGUUUCCAUUUUUUCAAUCUCUCUUGCCUACAUUGGAAAGUAUUUAAUCGAGAUAAAAUUCUCAUUCUUAUUCAAUUCUCACGAGAAAGAAAGCUUUGUCCCAGAGAUUGGAUCCAUUCACCACGACGCUUACUGCGAGCUUCACUCUCAGUAGAUAGAGACUCAUUGGCUAAAGUAAUCUUCAAUGCCAAUGCCACUGCAACGUGGCACCUCAGGAGGAGGAGCACGAGUUUCCGACGUUCUCAGAGACAACUCUCAGAUGAAAGACAAAACAGGAGACAACACCUCCACCUUGAGGUUUCCUUUCGCUUUCUUCUUUACCGACAAGGCUGCUGAUCCUUACACGUCAAGGAACAACAAGCAGAGGUUGAUGCUUCUGUUUGUUAAAACCACUUUGGCUCUUAUUGUCAUUCUUGCUCUCGCUGGCUCCUUCUGGUGGACCAUCUCUAUCUCCACGAGCUCUUCUAGUGGUCAUGUGUAUCAACGCAGCCACAGCUACAGGAGGUUACAGGAGCAGCUUGUUUCAGACUUGUUGGAUAUUGGAGACAUCUCUGUAGGUCCCACUAGGUGGAAAGAGCUGGAGUAUUGUGAUGUAGACUCUGAGAGCUAUGUUCCUUGCUUUAAUGUCUCUGAGAGUCUCGAUCGGUUUUGUGGGUCGAGAGAGGGCUGUUUGGUUUUGCCACCUGUGGAUUAUAAGGUUCCACUGAGGUGGCCAACGGGUAAAGAUGUGAUAUGGUUUCGUAAUGUGAAGAUCACUGCUGAUGAAGUGUUGACUUCUGGUAGUAUAAACAAGAGGAUGAUGAUGUUGGAUGAUGAUCAAGUAUCUUUCCGUUCUGCAUCUCCUAUGUUUGAUGAGAUUGAAGACUAUUCCCAUCAGAUUGCUCAGAUGAUUGGGAUUAAGAAUGAUAACUUCAUUGAAGCUGGUGUGAGAACUAUAUUGGAUAUUGGAUGUGGUUACGGUAGCUUUGGAGCGCAUCUACUCUCCAAGCACCUCUUAACAAUGUGCAUAGCAAACUAUGAAGCCUCCGGUAGCCAAGUUCAGCUAACACUAGAGAGAGGUCUCCCUGCAAUGAUUGCUUCCUUUGUAUCAAAGCAGUUGCCGUAUCCUUCUAUUUCCUUUGAUAUGUUGCAUUGCUCAAGCUGCGGCAUUGAUUGGGACCAGAAAGAGGGGCUUUUUCUUGUGGAAAUUGAUAGAGUUUUGAAGCCAGGAGGUUACUUUGUUUGGACAUCUCCGCUCACUAACGCUCGUAGCAAAGAGGAUGUUAAGAGAUGGAACUUUGUUCAUGAUUUUGCUGAGAGUAUCUGUUGGACUCUUUUGUCUCAGCAAGACAAGACUGUUGUCUGGAAAAAGACAACCAAAACUAAAUGUUACAGUUCCAGGAAGCCUGGGGUGGGUCCUUCUGUGUGUAACAAAGGGCACGAGGCUGAGUCUCCUUAUUACAAGCCGCUUCAGAUGUGUCUUGGUGGAACAAGGAGCAAGAGGUGGAUCCCCAUUGAAGGCAGAACAAGAUGGCCUAGCCGGUCUCACAUGAAUAAGACUGAGCUUUCACUAUAUGGUCUUCACCCGGAGGAGGUUGGAGAAGACGCUGAGAACUGGAAAGCAACAGUCAAAGAAUACUGGUCUCUCUUGUCUCCUCUCAUAUUCUCUGAUCACCCCAAGAGACCUGGAGAUGAAGAUCCAUCACCUCCUUACAACAUGCUUAGAAACGUUUUGGACAUGAAUGCUCAGUUCGGUGGUCUCAACUCCGCGUUGCUGGAAGCAAAGAAAACGGUCUGGGUCAUGAACGUUGUCCCUACAGCUGGACCUAACCACCUCCCAAUGAUCCUUGACCGUGGCUUUGUCGGCGUCUUACACGACUGGUGUGAGGCGUUCCCGAGUUAUCCAAGAACAUAUGAUCUUGUCCACGCAGACAAUCUUUUGUCUCUCCAGACAAGUCAGCACCGGAGCUCAUGCUCGCUUCUGAACAUAUUCACAGAGAUUGAUAGAUUACUUCGUCCAGAGGGAUGGGUGAUAAUCCGUGACACGGCACAGCUGGUGGAAACGGCUAGAGCUUUGACAACGCAGUUGAAGUGGGAGGCUAGAGUCAUAGAGGUUGAAAGAAGCAGUGAACAGAGACUCCUCAUCUGCCAAAAACCUUUCACCAAGCGACAAUCAAUCUAAAACAAUGAAGGACAUAGUAGACACAGGUUUUCUCCAUUUUUUAUUACUUUUGUUCAAAAGUAUCACAGUGUAGAACCAGUCAUCAAACUCUGGUGGCUGUACGGGGAAGAAGAAGAAAGGAGAAAGACGCCAGGGGACGUAAGACCACUGGUGAAAGUUUCAUGAGUUCCCCAUUUUAUAGAAUCUAGAUUUAUUAUAUACAGUGAAAAGAAUAUGUACCAACAUUUGUGAAGAUUUUAUAAAAUAAUUGUAUUUCAUUUUCAA